AUGGCGCGACGAUACAAAGCCAGCGUUUUCAGGCUGGACCCGGUUUCCCCGGAGCCGCUACGAGGUACCUCCAACAAUGAGGUUCAUACCUCAUCAGGGGUCACUUCCACGCUUGCGCAUGGUACUACAUGGGGUGCCAAGGACCCACUUGGUAUAUCUCUGACGAAACCUGCAACAACCUCGUUGCCUGACAAUCACGCCAGUCGGAAUAUCGUAACUUACGUGGCGGCCGGAGAUAUCUGCUUUCAUGUGUCCCCCAUCUACACUUCAUACCUACAAUUGUCAUUUCAUCUCGAAGACGACAGCGCUCCACGCGGUCGGAUGCAGACAUGCAUCAGGUUGAAUCGAGACACAUGCUUGAAGCUCGCCCUGGUCAAGAUCGACAAGGAACUCUAUGCCGAGGUCUUACCAGAGACUACACCAACCUUUACGAGCCACAGUGACUCUGCCCUCUCUAUCCAAUAUGACACUGGCCGCUUCUUAUCCGAGAACCUGUUUCCAGAGUCGCCCUCUCAAUCUUUGCUACACCUGCAGAAGGCCCUGAAGUCAGCCUCGCAACUUACAGUUCUGAUCGAGGAAACAUCUUGUUAUUUUCAGCAAGACCUGGAGUCGCUCAUCACCAAAUUUCGAAUUGGGGAGGGUAGUCAUCCCUUGCAGGUCCCGACCGAUUAUCUCGGUAGUAAAGGAACGUCCAAAGCUCUAGCAUCGAAUCCAGAGGAGCCAGCUAGAGCAUCCUUUUUCUGCUGGAAGGAUUACGCUGCUACACUAGGUGCUGCGACUAGAUUAGUAAGAGAAGCGAAAGAAGAGGCAGAAUGUGAGCCAUUCGAGUGCGCCAUACACGUUAUCAGCGCUGAGGAAGGAGACCGCAGCCGCUAUUAUGCGAUAUUCAAGAUACCCCAUGCCCAGGGGCGGUUGGCCGGCUUCUCUCCUGGUGACCGUGCCACUCUGACAUUCGAGGGAGGUGACGAAGCAGCACGAUGUCAGCUUUGGAGUAUGCAUGUCAUUGAGCCAAUUCCCUGGUCUGGUAACGGGGUUGUGACGGCGUGUCUGGGAGCAGGGGAGAACGCAACAUUUCGAAGACGUUUACCUAUCACUCCCGUCCCUCGAGGUCAUGGUGGUUCUGGCUUCAGAAAAAUCCUGGAAGGACCUGGUCUGAAAGCAACUGUGCGUCCAGAAAGCCGCCACAGCGAGUUUCCCUAUAUCAUGGACGCGUUCAACAAAUUGCGCUCCACAUUACCGGCUGCCAGCUCCUGUUCAAUGGAAUUCGCAGUGUGCGAAUUUCUUGUGGGCAAGAAGCCUUGUAGCAUCCCCAAGAAAGAUGUCUAUGGCUCGCUAGCCAACAAAGCUCUCGCUGCUGAGCAGUCCAUGGAUCUCAACCAUAGCCAGAAGACCGCCAUCUCGAUGGCCAGGUGUGCGCCGGCCGGAUUUGUCCUUUGCCAUGGCGGUCCUGGUACGGGGAAGACCCAUUUUGUGGUUGAAGCGGUUAAGCCGUUUCUUCUCGAUGCUAAAACGCAUCGCGUUCUCCUCACUGCGCAGGGCAAUCGCGCCACCGAUGCCUUGGCAAUUGGCCUUGAACGCAGACUACAAGGACUCAUCGGCAGCGGCCAAGUUCCCAGAUCUCGAUACCUACUGCGCUUGCAUAGCAUCAAGACCGAAAGAUCAAUCUUUUUACGGUGCGCACUCACGUCCCGACGCGAGAAGUUGCGGAGCCGGACAACCCAGGCUCAGAGUACAACAGGCACAAUGCCCGUUCCAGGCUUUCGACACCAGGACGAAGCGGUCAUGGCACAUUGCCAAACCUUUACUGCUUGCAAAUACGACUUCGUGAGUGACAAGCGUGUCGAGCACUUGGAGCUCUCAGUCGGACAUAGGAUGCGGCAAAUUGCAGGUUUAGAACCCGAUGGCCCAGAAAUGCCCGAGAAGGACUUGUUUUCUGAAGUUGCAAAAAUCUAUCAACGAUUUGGUGACGGUGAGGACCUUUCUGACGAUGACUCGGGGCUUUUUAAUAGCGGGGUCGAUGAGCUGAUGGCAUACACCAUUUCAAAUGCUGCCGCCGUGUGCGCCACCAUUGCUGGUGCUGCGGAUGCUGUCUUCACGAAAGACUACUCCGAGGCUGAGUUGAUCGUGGUGGAUGAGGCGUCACGGAUUCCGGAGUAUUACUGGUGGCCUUUGCUCGCUUACUUCCCAAAAGCAGUAGGCAAGAUCAUGGUGGGUGACCACUUCCAGCUACCCCCAAGGGUAGAUGAAGUCGUUGAGAUGCGAAACCCAUGCCAGGCUCAACUUGAGAUGUCCUUACAGGAACGUGCUCAGAAAAUGGGAACGCGUGCCGCAUUCUUUAGUGUGCAAUAUCGGGCUAUGCCCGAGAUUGCUGAAAUCUACAGCAAGGUCUGCUACCAGUCUCGCCUCACCAGCGAUCCUUCAACAUACCUGCCGAAUCGACCUCUAGCUGGUGAAAUCGUCCAUUACAACACCAAAAAGUACGGGAUAGCCAAACCGUUGGUCUUCUUCGAUAUUACGAAUGCGGUGCAAGAAAAGAACGGCAAAACAAUCAUUUGCGUCAAGUACGCCAAUCUGGUCCUGCGUAUCCUCCAAGACCUUCUUACAGCUGGAUUUGGCUCAACGAAGCCAUGUACAAUCGCUAUCCUGACGCCAUACAAGUCUGAGCUGAACAUGCUCUGGGUUGCUAAGAGGGAGAUGGCUGCGAAGAUACAAGGAGCUGCCGCUGCGAAGAAUGUGUUCGUGGAAACAGCUGAUAAGGUACAAGGUAUGGAGUAUGACAGUAGGUUUUUCCCUAUGAGGCAGCCAGACCCAGGCAAUGGCUUCAGCUGCUCCAUCAUCUUCUAG